AUGUAUUGCUGUAGUGCACAAGAAAGUAAGAUGGACUACAAGAGGCGUUUCUUGCUUGGCGGGUCCAAGCAGAAGGUGCAGCAACACCAGCAGUACCAAAUGCCCGAGCUCAGCCGGACUCUGAGCGCACCCUUGGCCUCAACCACCCCUUUAGUGUCCUCGGCUAAUGCGGGCAGCUGCCCCCAUCCUGGUGCCCACACUACCCCCAUUGCGGACAUCCAGCAGGGUAUCUCAAAGUAUUUGGACGCGCUCAACGUCUUCUGCCGCGCCAGCACUUUCCUCACGGACCUUUUCAGCAGUGUUUUCCAAAAUUCGCACUACUCGAAGGCAGCUAUGCAACUCAAAGACGUGCAGGAACAUGUCAUGGAGGCUGCAAGUCGACUCACUGCAGCAAUAAAACCAGAGAUCGCAAAAAUGCUGAUGGAGCUGAGUGCUGGGGCUGCCAACUUUAAAGACCAGAAUGAGUUCAGUCUGCAGGACAUAGAGGUGCUUGGCCGCUGUUUCUUGACUGUGAUGCAGGUUCAUUUUCAGUUCUUGUCCCAGGCUUUACAGAAGGUGCAGCCUGUGGCACACGCAUGUUUUGCGGAAGCGAUGGCACAGGAGCGCAAGAACUCUCCCGGGUCCAGUGACAUGAGCCCCACCAGGGAGCUGGAGGAUGCCGUGAGGAGUUGGAGAGGAGCUACUGAGGCCACCUGCCGGCUGCGGGAGAGAGGAUGCGAUGGCUGCUUGGCGGGGUUAGAGGUCCAACAGCUCUUCUGUUCUCAGAGCCUGGCCAUUCCAGAGCAUCACCUCAAGGAACUGAACAUGAAGAUUGACAGUACCUUACAGGCGUACAAAAUAGCGCUGGAAAGUUUGGGUCACUGUGAAUAUGCAAUGAAGGCCGGGUUCCACCUCAAUCCCAAGGCUAUUGAAGACUGCCUGAAGGGCUGCUGUAGCGAUGCAGAGGCACAACAAGCAGGAAGGAGGCAGACUCCACCGCAGCCAAUCCAGUGUGAGCUCCCAACCAUGCCAGUUCAGAUUGGCUCCCACUUCCUGAAGGGAACCUCAUUUAAUGAGUCCGCCGCUGAUAACCUGAAGCUGAAAACGCAUACAAUGCUGCAGCUGAUAAAGGAAGCCGAUGGACAUAAUGGGAUGACUGACAGAGAUGAAACGGCAGUGACAGAAAUUCUCAAUCAAGUGUGUCCUUCCACAUGGCGGGGGGCGUGUAAAACUGCAGUGCAGUUGCUGUUCGGCCAGGCUGGUCUGGUGGUCGUUGACACAGCACAGAUUGAGAAUAAGGAAGCGUAUGCACCACAAAUCAGUCUGGAAGGGUCAAGGGUUAUUGUGCAAGUUCCAUCUACCUGGUGUCUGAAGGAGGACCCAGCGACCAUGUCUCUCUUACAGAGAAGCCUGGACCCAGAGAAAACCCUGGGACUGGUGGAUGUUCUGUACACCGCAGUCUUUGAUAUCACUCGGUGGAAGGAGGGACGCGAGCAAGCUUUGCCAAUCAUCCAGAUUCAGCUACAGCGGGACACCUCCGACUUUGGAAACCAGAUUGACCUCCCGCAUGGGAAUUGCAGCAAGUCAUCUGGAGGCCUGCAAAAGACUUUUUCAAAACUGACUUCAAGGUUCACUAAGAAAGUCUCCUGCGGUGGUUCUGGCCACAGCGGGAGCUAUUCUGUCCCCCAGACCCCCUCCAAACACGUCUUAACCACUAGCAACUCCGAAGAGAAGGUGAAACUCCCCAAUCACACGGAUUCCAAGUUACAGAGCAUGCUGACCAUUGGCAGCUUCUCCAGGUCCAUGGACACUCCCCACUCCACCCAGAACACAAACAGCCAGCUGGUCAACGGAUUCCUUGUGGAGCGCAGAGAGGACUUGUUCAAAGGAGAAGAACAAAAGGAUGAGAAAGGAAUGAACUUGCCCUCUGACCAGGAAAUGCAGGACGUCAUCGAUUUCCUCUCUGGUUUUAACAUGGGAAAGUCACAGCAGACUUCCCCUGUGGUCAAGAGGAGAAACUCCACCACCGCAUCUGUUGUGUCUGAGCAAAAACAAGGAACUGUAAAACCACCGGCACAACCAGCUAUCCACCCUCCUGUUCACCCUCCUCAGCAGCAGCAGCAGCAAACCCAACCUCAGCAGCAGCAGGGACUGCUACAACAGCCACCGCCACUGCAGCUGUCACAGAAACAACAAUUGCAGUAUUAUCCGCACUUGUUCCAACCAAUCGGGCCGCAGCAGCAGCAACAGUCUCAACAUCCACCAGGAAAAUGGCUGAACAGCUCCAACCAACCAUCCUCACAAGCGGUGGGGAGCGGCCUGUCUCCUAUUGGUCAGAUGAACCAGUGGAGCAGCCAGGGGGUCUCUGAUCUCAGUUCAGACUUGUACAGCAUGGGACUGGUCAGCAGUUUCAUGGACAACAUGAUGUCUGAGAUGCUGGGACAAAAAUCGCAAGGACCUCGAAAUAACACCUGGCCAAACCGGGACCAGAGCGAAGGGGUGUUCGGGAUAUUGGGAGAUAUGCUGCCUUUUGAUCCAGCAGUUGGCUCAGACCCGGAAUUUGCCCGGUAUGUGGCCGGGGUCAACCAAGCUAUGCAACAAAAACGGCAAGCGCAGCAUGUCCGUCGUCCGAGCACCACACGUAGCAACUGGCCCCAUCCUGAGGAUUCGCACAGAACGUGGCCCUUCCCGGAAUAUUACACCGAGGGAAAACUUAAAGCAGCUGCUGAAACGGGUGCUCAGGGCGAUUCUGGAUUUAGUUCCAGUCCAAAGAGCCAGUACGAGAUCCCCUCAUCCUGCAAUGGUGGAGACAGUCAUUCUCUAUGUUCUCAUUCAGAAAACACAGCAGUGGUGAACAAGAAUGCAAACACAUUUUUACCGUCCACCUCACCUCUCCUAUCACGUACAGUAGACGAUCUCAACCAGGAAAACAAAACCAAAACAUGGCCGCCUAAAGCUCCUUGGCAGCACUCCUCCCCUCUCUCCAAUACACUGCCCAACCAGAGCUCCUCUUUGUACCACAUGACAAAUCCCGUGAGCCAAUGGAACGACACAAUGCAGAUACUCCAGUCACCCGUCUGGUCCACCGCCAACGACUGCGCGCCUCCCGCCGGCAUCUCCUCGACCUUUGCGUACGCACAGCAGCCGUCUCAGCAGACGAACAAGGGCUUUAAAUCCUUCCAGAUGAAGCACGAGCGCAGACCCUCCUACCUGCACCAGUUCUGA